UACAUAUCGCCAUUGAUCGCCAUUUUGUUUGUUCUCGAAUCUGGACUGUAUACUGUGUAGAAUCUGAGUGAAAUCCAGGGCCAUCCGUCCGUUUUACACACAAAUUAAUCUGUCAGUUUGUUCUGAAACUUAACCCAUAGGAACGGGCCGGCAUAAAAGCUGUUCCCGUCCACAAGGGUGUAUGAAUACAAGGCCUUCAAUGUUCGUUCUUCGACAAGAUGUCCUCAGUCGCGGGGCACGGCAGUAAAGGGGAGAAAGGCAAGGGAAAAUACACAGCAAUUAACAUCAAUAAUCUUUAUAAAGGCAAAACUACAGAAACUCAGAAGACAACAAUCACAAGACAAUAUGGCUUGCAAAGCUUGGGUAAAGUGGGAAGUGUUCGGCGAAUGCCGCCACCAGCCAAUUUACCAAGUUUAAAAAGUGAAAGCAGUGGAAACGAUCCAAAUAUAAACCUAGUUCCAACAGGAGGUUCAGGAUGGGGUGCGAAAGAGAAGGAGAAGGAAAGCGGUGGUGCUCAAAGUUCACCAUCUCAAGCUACAGUACCUACUACACAAUCGGCACAAUCUACAGUAAAGACAAGUACACCUGGGGGCACAAAUGCGGGUGUCAAGUCAUGGAGCAGUGUUACAGUCGGGGGCAAUGUUCAAGGAGCAGUUGUAAGUCAUCAAUCACCAAUGUUCAAAGAAGAAUUUCCCACAUUAGCAGGGGACGAGAAAGAUGGCAAAAUACAGAAAGAAGGUGGAACAGGAGAAGAAAAGGAUGUUCAGUAUGGACCCGGGCCAAGUUUGCGACCACAGAAUGUCGGAAGUUGGCGAGAAGGCGGAGGGCGGGGUACCUCUCAGCAGCCACAAAAAGGAGAAUUGACUACAUCACCCUCUCAGCCUACAGCAAACCAGACAGAAACACAAGCGAAUGGCCCCCAGACCCCGAUAUCCGUUAGUAAUCAGUCACCUGUACCGCCCAUGCCAGGACGUCCUGGCUCUACCCAGGGUCCACCUCAGGGCCCCCUACCAAUGGGACCUAUGGGAAUGCCACCACCACAAUAUAGAGGAAUGAUGCCACCAUAUAUGUUUGGUAGAAAUUUUCCUGGUCCAGGUUUUCCACCAAAUUAUCCUGGUAUGCCUAGACCAUUUCCAUACGAUGGACGCUUUCAAAGGGGUCCACCACCUGUUCAAAAUCGACCUAAUAGUAAUAAUGCAGGGGAUGAAGAUGGACAACAGGCCAUGUCAUUUCAUAGAGCAGCUAUCAUUACAGAUAAAGAUUUGAAAAACUUUGAUCAGAUAUUAAAAGCUGAACCCAGUGAUGGAGGUUGGGCAGGUGCACAGGGGGAGAUUGAUUAUAGUGCUAAGUUGGUAUUUAGUGAUGAAGAAGAUGAAGGAUCAGAGAAAAAUCGUGAAAGAAGGAAGCGACAACAACAUCAUCGACAAUAUGAUAAACGAACAGAUCGUGAUGAACAUGAUGGAGAUUAUUCUGAUCAACACGGUGAACGUGAUAGAGGUGAACCUAGAGACCGAGUAGAUAGAAGACAAAGCCCUCAUGAUAAAGAUAUUGAUCAAGACAAGGAUAAUCAAGGUAGAGAUAAUGUUCCAAGAGAGAAUUGGCAGGGUCAAGUACCUCCACAGUUCCGUGGUGGUCAACAAAGACAUCCACAUCCUGGAAUGGAUGCUAGAGGCUGGCCAAUGCAUCCAUAUGAUUAUCCCAUGAGACCUCCAUUUCCAUUCAGAAUGGCACAUCCAGGCCAGCAGCGCACACCUUUUGGGCAUCCUGCAGCUGGUCCUGCACCACCACCACCACCACCACCUCAACAAGCUUCUUCCCCAAGUAAGAAAUCUUGUGAAGAUGAUGACGAGCUCUGGCAACAAAGACGUAAACAGUCAAGUGAUGAAGUAUCGGCUAUUGUACAGAGAGCUAGACAAAGACGAGAGGAAAGUGAGAAAAAAUCUGAAGCCGAGCGUAAAGCUGCUGCAGCAGAGAAACUUAAACAGUUAGAUGAAAGAAGUAAAAAAAGGGAGGAAGUGAAGUCAGAAGAUGAAGACAAGAAGUCUGAAGGACGCACUAGUCGUACUAGUGAAAGUAGCGAGAAAGAUCCCAGGGAACGUAUUCCCAGUAGAGAUGGAACUAAACAUCCACCGAGUAACCAGGGUUAUAAUAAAUCUAGGAAUACAGUACCCCCACGCUUCCAGAAGCAACAACAGGAACAGAUGAGACAGUCUGUUACAACAUCACAAAGUCCAGGUACUGCUGGUACACACACAGGAAUGCCACCACAAGGCUUUCGUCAAGGGCCUCCACCCCAUUGGCCAUAUGAUAUGAGAGCUUGGGCUAGCAUGACACCAUUCAUGGAUCCUAGAUAUGGUGGCAGACCACCUGUUGAUAUGCAAGGAAUGCCAAUGUUCCCGCCACAAGUUCGUAGGAGAACUGAUAGUCAUGGAUCUGGUGCUGAUAGCCAGGAUGAUAAUAGACCGUCGGACUCUACUUUUGAACAACAACAGCGUGAUCACAGAAACUGGUUAGAAAGUAGAGGUUAUCCUCCACCUCCAUCUCAUCCAGGUGCCUAUGAUGAAAUGAGAAGAGCUCAGAAUUUCUAUAUGUUUCAGCAAGAAUAUGAGAGAUAUGAAAUGGAAAGAAAUUCCAGGGAUUAUGAUCGCCAAAAUGCUGGAGAAGAUGACCAUGAAUCUGGUGCCAGUGAUCACGAGAGUAUUAAUAAAGAUGAGGAGGAUCAUAAGAGUGAAGGACCAAGAGAGGUGUUAGAUGAUGUAAAUAAUGAUAGAACAGAUAAAGAUGAUAAGUUAGUUUGA